GUGGGAGGAAGGGGGUAGAGGUGAAGGGGUGUGGCCCCUGUCUGACCAUGUGUCCUGGUGACUCUCCCCCCACCCCCCGAGCAGGUGGACCGUGCGGGGCGGAUGAGUUUCUGCCGGCGCUCUCCUACGUGGUGGCGCAGUGCGACCUGCCGGAACUGGCCCUGGAGCUGGAGUACAUGAUGGAGCUUCUCGACCAGCCCGAGCUGAUGGGAGAAGGUGGAUACUAUCUCAUCAGCUUCUACACCAGUAUGUUCGAGCUGCAGAAUUAUCACCUCAAUCAGCCCGUGGUGGGGAUGAGCCACGAGAUUAGGCACUCUCUGAAACAGUGGCACAAGCGAAGGAAAACGUGUAAACCCUUGCCUUCCAUCAGUGACUUCCAGAACCUCCUCCGGGUGGCCUACGAGGACCCCAGCCACGGCUGCACAGCCAAGACGCUGGUGGUGCAGCCUACGGACACGGUGGCUGACCUUUGCCGGCUCUGCGCCGAGAAGUUCAACGUGUCCGAGCCCGCGACUCACGGCCUGUACCUGGUGGAGGACGACAGCUGCCGACCCCUGCCCUCCGACUCACACCCCCAGCUCAUCAAGGCCGAGUUGAGGAUCCAGGAGGGCCCCGGCCACCAAUACUGCUUCGUCUAUGGCCGCCUCCAGCAGAGCUCGCCUGCCCAGGCACACCGCCAGCUCCGACGGGACAACGCCUUUGACCUGGAGGAUGUCCCACCGCUCUGACAAGUGAAUCAG